ACUAGCGUUAGUAAUUUCGUACCCGGCCCACCGCACACGUAUGUAUAUAUACCGGGAGAAACCGAGAUAUUUUGCCCUGGGAAUGGACAGAGGUGUGCAGACUUGUCGUUAGAGAUUCGAACUGGCUGGACUAAACGCGGAGGAAUGAUUUAAAUUGGAUUUAAAACCAACGCAAAACCGUAAACUCGGUCCAGCCCGGUACUGGACCGCUUCUCGCCGUCGGUGGUGACUCACGGAGCUCGGGCCGUUCACGGAGCAUUGCUGACCGGUCGGAUAAAUCCACGGAAGGACUGACGGGAUUCCAGCAUGAAGUUCAAACCGAACCAGACGCGGACGUACGACCGGGAAGGAUUCAAGCGGCGGGCGGCGUGUCUGUGCUUCAAGAACGAACGGGAGGAUGAGGUGCUGUUGGUCAGCAGCAGUCGAAACCCGGAUCAGUGGAUCGUUCCUGGUGGAGGAAUGGAGCCGGAGGAGGAGCCGUGUGGAGCUGCUGUACGGGAGGUCUUCGAGGAGGCCGGAGUGAAGGGUAAAUUAGGACGUUUGCUCGGUGUGUUUGAGCAGAACCAGGACCGGAAACACCGGACGUACGUGUAUGUGCUGACGGUCACAGAGACGUUGGAUGCCUGGGAGGACUCGGUCAAUAUUGGCCGGAAGCGCGAGUGGUUUCCCAUCGAUGAGGCCAUCGAGGUCCUUCAGAGCCACAAACCCGUUCACGCUGACUACCUGAGACGCCUGCGGAUCAAUCGCUCAUCCACCACCACCAACGGAAACCUCCUCCUGCCCCAAACAUCUCCCAGCACCCUCACACCGCUCUACAGCGCUCCGGCGUCAGCCGCACGCAGAUAGGAUACACACACACUCCGUACAACACACACAUGUCUACAUGAACCACCCACACACAUCUCCAGGGCUUUUAUGACCCUCACAACACCUCAUGGGCACCUUUGGGACGUUCUUUAGAAGGACAAACCAAAGACGUGUGGGAUUUCCAGUGAAGAAUGCCUUAACCAUUUAGUUUUUAAGUCAGUUACUGUCAGCUGAUAGGUUUUAGUUGUUGUAAUGGAAUAAUAAUUAUUGACCAGCUUUAUAUAGCAGUUACAUGGAAGUGCACUUCCAUUAUUCCUCCAUCACACUCACCCACAGAGCUCGGCAUUCUGGGAUUGUGACGUGGGGAAUGUCACUUUCAUUCCACGCAGCGUUAUCAGCGUUUGACCUCUGAAUUCAGUCGGUUUGCGCUGUCUUGACCCCAGACUUCCCUUUAAGACUCAGACGAGCCCUUUAAAAGCCCCCUUCACUGCUG